AUGGCUAGUACAAUAUCACCAAACCAACAAGUGUUUGGCGUUGAUCUUGAAACUCUAGUCAAUUCACAAGCAGACAGGAAACCUCAGAUUGAAUCACCAAACUGUCCAAAAGAUUUGCCAUUUGUUGUAGUUGAGACGAUUGGAUGGUUGGAAACUCACAAUGCCAUCGCCGAAGAAGGUUUAUUCAGAAUUCCUGGCAACGGUCAGCAAAUUCAGCUGAUCAAAAAGGAUUACAACGAGGGAAAAGCAGAUCUAUCGAAAUUCACCAAUGCCGACAUACAUACUAUCGCAGGAGUAUUGAAAUUAUACUUAAGAGAGCUACCAGAGCCACUUUUCAUUUGGAGAUAUUAUUCUACAUUUAUCAAAGUAAUAAAGAAUCCAGAUUUUUUACAGAGACUGUUACAUUUAAGAAUGUUAAUAUAUGGUUUACCCAAAGUAAACAGAGAUUUAGUAUUAUUUAUGAUGACAUUUUUAAAUAAGGUAUCAUCGAAUUGCAGUGUCAACAAGAUGACAUCUACCAAUCUAGCUGUUGUAUUUGCACCCAAUAUACUUAGACAUCAAAAAGAGAGUUUGAAUCAGAUUAUGGAGGAUUCAACUCAUGAGAUCUCUUAUAUAUCAAAGGUUAGUAAAGACAAAAUAACCCACCAUCUAUCAACAUCAAGUACUGAUGUACCAUCACCAGUACUACCAAAAUCGGCAGAGUCUGGUUCAAAGUUGUCAUUGUCAACGGGUCUGCCAAACUCGGAAUCCACCGAAUUUUUGUAUGCACGUGCACUCUACCCCUAUCAGACGAGUGGUCAAUGGCAUCUCCCAUUUGCAAAGGACGACCAAAUUACAUUGUUGGAUAUAAAGUCAGAGGAAGGUUGGAUGAAGGGAGAGUACAAUGGUCGUGUUGGUUACUUCCCCGCUUCCUAUGUCGAAAUCAUUGCACUACCGCCACCCACUACUCCCGUCACCUUAAUUCCGAUUCCCGAUUUAGAUCAGCAAGCCGAUUGCACCAUCAUCACCACCACUACAACCACCACCCAACAGACAACCACUACCACCACCACAACCACAACAACGAUGAUCAGUGGUGCAACAGCUCCAGGAGCACCACCACCUCUGCUCGCCACACCAGCGCCAAUCAGCUCGUCCAACUCCAACUCGUUCAACAACGGCACCAAACGAACACCGUUGGCAUCGAGUGCUGGCCAGUUGACAUCGCCAGCAACCAACACUCCACCCACUCACAAAUCGAGUGGAUCUUCUUCGUCACUCACCAACUCGCCAAAGAUCACACCAAGCACCUCCAAACUGAAUCUUGCAUCGAGCGGAACGAUUCCACCUCCUCCAGCUCUUUCCACUCCACCUCCACCUCUAGUUGCACCAAUGAUGAAUCCCGGUAGUAAUCUCUCGCUCAACAGCAGCUCAAAGACCACUAUCUCGUCGUCUUCAUCCAGCCAGAAUAUCAGUCGUUCCGGUUCAUUUGUAUCAAAUAAUAAUAAUGCUAACAAUAGUUCAAAUACAUCACCAGACUUGGGAAAGGUAAUGUCGAUUACACCCAAACUCUCGUUCUCUGGCGCUCUUCCCCCAAGUUUGACUUUGCCACCUCCAUUAUUGCCAUCGCGUCUUCCAGGUGUCGUCCAAACUACACCACCACAACCAAACGCCUCCGUCAGUGGAUCAAAGUCUGGAUCGUUUAUUGAUUUCAGUUUGAAUACACCUCCACCUCCACCACCUCUCUCGCUGCCAAGUGAAAACAUACCGGCACCACUCUCCAGCAUGUCCACUCCAGUCAAGGCGCCACCACCCAUCGACCUCAACAAACUUCCACCACCACCAUUUUCACCAUGUUCACCGGAACCAAAUACAAUCGACGCCACCACCUCUAUUAAUAUUACCACUGAUAUUCCACCACCACCUGUAUUCGAUAUGCCAUUGCCACCACCACCACUCUCGUCGUCGGAUCUCAACGCCUCACUCACUGGCUCCUCCAACAAUAUGGACAGCUCCGACACAUCGUCCAUCGAUGACACUUCAUCGCUGACAUCCGGUCAUGACAUUCCUCUGCCACCUCCACCCGUCAAUCUCGAUGAAUUCACCAGUCCGGUGAUUGACGAAGCCAAGAUCGCCGAGAUUAGAAAGAAGCGUAAGGAGCGUGCCGAAGAGAUGCUAACCACCGAGCGAACCUAUGUAAAACAACUGAAUUGCAUCUACGAGCAUUUCAUCGAGCCAUCGAAACGUAACAACAAAAUCUAUUGUUUGUCCGAGGAGAUGUUGAACACAUUCUCUUGUUUGGAGGUCAUUCUCAACGCUCACAAAACCAACAUUCUCAAGGCACUCGAAGAGCGUAUGCUCGUCUGGGACGACAAGCCAAAGAUGGGUGAUAUCUUUUGUAACAAUACAUCGUUCAUCAAACUCUACAAACAUUACGUAAACAACUACGACAAGUCGAUCGUCUCGUUGAAACAAUGUAAAGAGAAGAACUCAGAGUUCCGCAAUUUCGUCAAGACUCUUGAUUACAGUGAGAAAUUCUCCGGACUCAACGUUGAAUCUUUCCUGAUUCUACCGGUUCAACGUAUUCCACGUUAUGUUUUACUGUUGCAGGACCUGUUGAAAUACACUGACAAUUCACACGAGGACUUUGACCAGUUGUGUGAAGCACUCGGAACCAUCAAGGAUUUCGCAGAGACCAUCAACUACAAGAAGAGCGAAGAGGAUAACUACACAAGAAUCCAACAGAUUCAAGAGACCAUCAAGAAUCUCCCGCCACACAUGUUGGAGCGUCGCAAACGUUUCGUACACGAGGGACCACUCGCCACCAAGAAGGACAAGUACUACCUGUUCUUGUUCUCCGAUGCACUGCUGCUAACCAAGUCCAGCAAGGACAAGAAGAAAUUCAAACAGUUUAUCAACCUCCAAACGGCAUCGCUAAACACCACCGACGAAGCCGGUGUCAUUAAGAUCAUCAGUCAAGAGGGAACCUACAAGUUCUUGUGUGAGAAUGUCAAGGAUCGUGAUUUCUGGAUCAAGACAUUCAAAGACACCAUUGAGAUGGCACGUCAAGAGAUGAUCCAGUCGGCAUUCGGUGAUUCCGUUCUUCAAAACGAGGGAUCCAAAGGAUUCAAUCGUAUUCAAGACGAAAAGAAUGCAUUGAAGAAACAAAAGUUGGCAGAGGAGUUGUCUUCGUCUGAGCAGGAAUACGUCACCUCGCUGCAAUACAUUCAGAAUGUAUUCCUCUCACCGAUCCACGACUACGAAGCACUCUUCAAAGUUGUCAACAACCUCAAGGAGCAAAACGACAAGUUCAACACCGCCUCGAUGUUGAGCGCAAGCACCGGCAUUGAAAUGGGUUCGAGAUCACCACACAAAUCAAAGACUCUCAGAAUCAAACAACCCAAAGGUCUAUCGAAAGACAGUAAAAUUAAUACAAGUGGUUAUUUCUCUGUUUAA